UCAAUGUCAUGCUUCUAAACCCGGCGCAAUCUACAACUCAACUUUUCCCAUCCUGUUGACGGCAAGCAAUGUCACUCCCUCCACCUGCGCAUGGGUGAUACGCUCUACGCAAAAUGGCUGUCGCACGACCCAUCAGAUUCCUCGGCGUCGGCUGCGUCGCCCUCGCCUUCUUCCUCAUCUUCCAGUAUCUGCGCCCUGCCCCAACCAUUCCUCCCCCUGGCGUUGUCGUCGGAAAUGGCGACAAGAUCGAGUCCAUGGACCGAGAUCCUCUGCUAGACCCCAUCGGCGAACCUGAUGGUCACCUAUGGCGCCACACUGAACACGACUAUAGCCCCAAUAAUGCAAACUCCCCACGCAUCAAUGCCACCCUCCUCUCCCUUGUCCGAAACGAAGAACUCGGCCAACUAAUCCCUACGAUGAAACAACUCGAGGCCACCUGGAAUCACAAGUACAACUACCCCUGGACCUUCUUUAAUGACGUCCCCUUCACCGACGAAUUCAAGAAACGCACACAGGAGGUCACCACUGCAAAGUGUGAAUAUCAUAUCAUCCCCAAAGAGCACUGGGAGAUGCCCAGCUGGGUCAGCCAGGAGCUCUAUGAAGAAUCUGCAAAGAUCCUGAAAGAAAACAACGUCCAGUAUGCUGGUAAGGUCAGUUACCACCAGAUGUGUCGUUGGAACAGUGGGAUGUUCUACCGACAUCCAGCCCUCGACAACAUGCAGUACUACUGGCGUGUAGAGCCUAAUGUCAAGUUCUUCUGCGAUGUCGACUACGACGUCUUCCGAUACAUGCAGGACAACAAUAAGACUUACGGAUUCAAUAUCAACCUUUUCGAUUCACCUGAAUCUAUCCCUUCUCUGUGGCCUGAGACCAUCAAAUUCCUCGCGGCUCACCCUGAAUACAUCCAUGAAAACAACGCCAUGGCCUGGCUUGUUGAUAGCACCCGCCGUCCCGACAACAACAUCAAAGCCCACGGGUAUAGCACUUGCCACUUCUGGUCUAACUUUGAAAUCGCCGACCUUUCCUUCUGGCGCAGUCAGAAAUACGAAGAUUACUUUACCCAUCUCGAUCGCACCGGUGGCUUCUUCUAUGAACGAUGGGGCGAUGCUCCUGUACACAGCAUCGCUCUUGGCUUGUUCGAGGAUGCUCGCAAUAUUCACUGGUUUGAUCCCCUCGCUGCCCGGUCUCUCUUAUCGUAGCUGAUCAUCUCUAUAGGUUCAAAGAUAUCGGGUACAACCAUAUCCCCUUCCUCAAUUGCCCCAACUCGCCAAAGUGCCACGGCUGUGAACCGGGCAAGUUCUACGCAGGAGAAUCGUGGCUGCAACGGGAAGAUUGCCGCCCCCUAUGGUUCAAAUAUGUUGGCACAGGAUGAGCCUGUAAUCUAUGGCGUUGAGGAUGCUUGUGGCAAGACCACAUGUGAAUGGGCUUUUUGACGUGUACAAUCAUCAUGACCUGCUCUUUGAAAAAAAAAUUCCCACUUGACUUGAUCGGAACUUUGCAGGCCUUGGGUCUAUCAAGAUGUGGUCAUUGUUGGCUUGACAGACCGUGGGGAAAAUGUAUUCUGGACACUGGAACAAGAUAGACCAAUUCAUCAACUACUGUGAUGCUUUGACUCCGUCUGAGGAACCCUGGCCCAUUCAUAGCUCAUCGUCUUCGCUGGCCGUCUCUUCAUCAGCUUCGUCAUCAAUCGACGUCGACUCAGGAGCCCUCGAGCUUGGUUCUUGUCCCACCAGUUGCUUAUCCCCGC